AUAACCCUUGGCUGUGGACGUGGUCGUGAUAAGUUAUUUAUAUAAGUUUCUCCAGCACUUUACACCACAUUGUAGACCAGACAGCAAGCGGUGACAGACACUAAGAUGCUGAAACUUAUAACAACAUUGGCGUUGCUGGCUGUAUGCCACGCUCACAUUAUUAAGCCAGCGUGUGAUCUACUCUCCAUUCAAAAUAUUAUUUAUCAGAAAGAGGUCCUGAAAGAAAACGUAAAUGAGCCGUACCAAAUGGCUAUCGACUAUAACACUAAUACGCUCUUCUUUAGUUAUUCUGCAGUUAAUCCCACAACUGAGGCAACUGUGUUUGAGCAAGCUUAUUUGAACCUAAAAACUAAGGAAUUUAACAGCAUUUCUGGAAUCAUUGGUGGAUUUGCCGCUACUGUCGACAAUACUAACAACAAUGUGUACCUCGGAGGAAGAAACGGCAUCUACGCGUAUGAUUACGAGAAGAACAAAGCAACCCAUGUCAAUCCCAAUGGUUACAGCAUUUGGCAAAUGUUUUUCAAGGACAAGCUUUACUACACCGCCUACCCACAAGAGAGAGUAUAUACUUUUGAAGAUGGUAAUUCAAUUAUACUGCCUGAACUUAGUCGUACGAUGGUACAACUUGUAGCUCUUGAUAACGACCUCAAUAUGUAUUUCUCCAACUCCUCUGGUCUAUUUCUUUUAAAUAAAUCUGAUAAUGUAAUUGCGAAACUAGGUGAGUAUACCAUUAACAGCUUCACAGCUGAUAUAAAUGGCAAUCUGUACUUCUCGACGCCUUCUGGUUUUUACAAAAUUGAUAAGAAGAACGUUCUUCAGCUAGCGGAUGUUGAUGACGUUUUUGGAUUGGUUGUUGACGGGGAUAAUAACUUAAUUUACGGGUCAGGAGAUAAAAUUAUCAGAUUGUCUGCCACGACUAAAACAAAUUGUUUUUAAUGUACAAUUUUCACUAAGUACUUAGUUCUAGUGAAAAAUUAGGAUACAUAUUAACUAAGUAUUUAACUUGUACAU